CUAAAAAUGGCGACUAGGAAGUUGAAACAGCUUGUGAAGCUCAUGUUUGUUUUUACUUUGUUUAAAUAUUCACACGGAGAGAAUACGACAUGUAAAGGUGGAUUUCAAAAUUGUAUCUGUACGACGAAGGUUGUUGAAUGCCACGGUGAAUCACAAUUACGCGGAAAUAAUAUAAUUAACCUGUACUCGGAUAUAGAUGAUCACUGUGAACGAAUAACUAUUACUCAUUCCAAUUUUAGUGCGUUGCAGAACAAUUUAUUCGGAUCCUGUCACGACGCCCCUGAUUUGGUGCUUUACAACAUGGCGUAUGUUGAACUGUCGAACGACAAUAUAAAGACAAUCCAUGGGAAGACCUUUCACUGUAUUCCGAAUUUACAAACAUUGAUUUUAAGCAACAACCAGUGGGAAAUUGAUAGAAGUGACAGCGAAGUAGGUUACUUCACUUCAAUGCCUCAUUUGAAGCAUCUGGAUUUAAGUAACGCGUUCGAAGAUGGCUCAAUAUUUUUUAACAAGCUGGCACAUAUCUUUCAUGACACUGAUUUGACAGAGUUAGAGGAUCUGAAUCUUUCAUACAAUGAGUUCAUUGUGUUGUCAAGGAAAAGUUCCACCUCCCUGUGUCAGCUUACUUCCCUUAAACUGUUGAAUCUGUCGCACAACUAUUUCAUGGAACAGUCUAUGCCGAACAAAGUUGACUGUUUCAAACACUUGGAAAGACUUGACUUAUCUUACAACAACAUCAAGUUGUUAAGUCCUGAGUUUAUGCAAGCAGUUGAUAUUCUCCAUCAGGCCUAUGACAAACUUCAAGAAGUCAAGUUGGACAAUAACCCAUACCGCUGCGACUGUGAAUUAAUAGCCACCUGGGAAUGGCUUAACACAACUAAAAGCCCAGUGAACAAAAAUGAGAUGUUUUGCGGCAGAGACAGUUACCGUUCCUCGUACAUAGGAAAACGCAUUUUAGACCUGAAACCCGAAGAGUUACUAUGCCAACAGAUCGAAGCGUACAGUAACAGGGGCAGCCGAGUUGUGACGGGCAUCAUAUUCACUCAAAUAACGAUGCUUAUUAUGACUCUGUACAAUUUAUGAAAACGGAACACCCUUAACUGAGUUUUAAAAGCAGUACUAAAAACUAUUAUCAUUGUCAUCGCAGUACUGUACUGUCGUAAAUUGUAACUCGAUGUACGUUCAUGCAUGCUCUUAAAAGUAAACUGUAAUAUGAUUCACUUACUGUUCAGAAAGCUGCAUGCAGUUGAAUAGUAGGAUUUAAUGCAUGUAUUGUAUAAACUUGUGCUAUCCGAAUGUCAUAAAGAAUUUAAAUCAGGCUAUUUUCACUGUGUGAGAACGGACACCGGAUAUAGCUCAAAAAGUGAUAAGUAAACAGACAAUUAUGCAGUUGUUUUUCUUUACCAGAGGUAAGAUCUUGCAGUGUAAACGCUUACCUACCGUAUCCACAAAUGAAACAAGUGUUUGAACUAAUAGCUGAAUGCUAAAUUUGGCCUAUGGUGUACUUUAAAGUGCUUACAAUUUAGCGGACCUCGAAAAAUGUUUCUUCAAAUCUGAGAUGAUCACCUCAAAACUUACAGAAUUUGUACAAGUGUUGUUAUUUUUAGGAAAUAUAUCGAAUAAAUAAAAAACCUGAAUCGAAGGAUUUCACAAG